CUCCAGAAUUUCUUCCAUUGCAUUGCACGCCACUUCCUGCUGCUUUGCUCUGUGUCUCGAGCCGAGCGCACUUUUACUGACGCGCUGGAGCUACAGCUGAGUACGAAUUAUUGCCCUUCGUCCCUAUUCCCACCAACCACAGCCUCGAGUCCGUCGUGUGGCGCGCAUCAUGGGCAACGAAUCUUCCUCCAAUGUCGUGGAUGAGAAGACUCACCCGUCCGUGCUGGAGAAGCGCACGAUCGAGGCAGUCGCCAAGUACGUCCUCGAGAAAGACGUGCGACGCAUCGUAGUGAUGGUGGGCGCAGGCAUCAGCACCUCGGCCGGCAUUCCCGAUUUUCGCUCCCCCGAUACAGGCAUUUACUCCAAUCUGGCCUACUUAGACCUGCCCGAUCCCGAAGCCGUGUUUGACAUCAGUUUCUUCCGCGAGAACCCUAAGCCAUUCUACACUCUGGCCCGCGAGAUCGCUCCCGGUCGAUACCGUCCCACGAUCGCACACUCGUUUAUCAAAUUGCUCUACGACAAGGGGCGCCUACUAAAACAUUUCUCGCAGAAUAUUGACUGCCUUGAGCGUUUGGCGGGGGUGCCGGGGGAGAUGAUCGUCGAGGCUCACGGAAGCUUCGCCACCCAGCGGUGUAUCGACUGCAAGGCGGAUUAUCCGGGGGACCAGAUGAAGGCAGCCAUUGCCGCAGGCGAGGUACCUCACUGUCAACAGUGUAACGGGCUUGUGAAGCCGGACAUCGUUUUCUUCGGGGAGGCGCUACCGUCGGACUUUUUUGACAGCCGCGAUUUGCCCGAACAGGCCGAUCUCUGCAUUGUGAUGGGCACCAGUUUGACGGUGCAACCAUUUGCCAGUUUACCUCAGUUUUGCCGUGAUGGGGUGCCGCGGGUACUAAUCAACAUGGAGCGGGUCGGAGGAUUGGGAUCGCGCCCCGACGACGUCCUGGUUCUGGGCGAUUGCGAUACCGGGGUGCGUCGAUUGGCGCGCGCAUUGGGCUGGGAAGAGGAGUUGGAGGCGCUGUGGGAGGCCACCAACUUGCCGGAGGAAUGCGGCGCACAGACGGCAGAGGCUACCCCGCUUCGGACGCGCGAGGAGAAAUUACAAGAGGAAGUUGAGCGUCUCACGGAAGAAGUCGAUCGCACGCUAGGGAUCUCGCAGGAGUACGAAAAACGUGUUCGACAACAAUUAGGAGGACCUGUCGCGGGGACAGCGGAUCGCGCAGAUCGAACCAAUCCGGCGAAUAACAGCGAAAGCUCGCAUGCGGGGGAGACAAGCACCGACAGGCUGGCCCAUGUCUUCCCCCAUCUAGCACGGACCACGAGAGAAGGCAGACCGGAAAAAGCCUAAAUACUAAUAGCGAGAGUGUGUGGUCUUUGCCGAAGACGGGGUUGGAUUCCUAUGAGAAAGGAGCAAAAUGGGUUUGAGUGGCUGGUCAACCCCUCCGUCCGUCCGGAUCGGGCGUGUGUUGACUGUGGGUGCGCUGCUGAUGAUAAUUAAUGAUGACCCUGAUGAUGAUGCUGACGAUUCUAUCGAGACAACUCAAGACCUUCCAAGACAAAGAGUUAUAGUACUGCAUAUAGUAAUGAUGGGAGUAGAAAUACAAACGCA